AACAUAUAAACUCAACAAAGAAUAAGAAUCACAUAAAUCUAACUAGUGAAAAAAAAGUUAAGAAUAAUGGAUGCAAUAUAUUUAGGGUUGUUUGGUGUAGUUAUUGGGUUUGUGCUAUGGUGGUGGAAUGAGUAUUGGUAUGUUAUUCCUCUCAAAUUCAAAUGCUUCAAAUCUUCAACAAAGUUGCCACCAGGUCAUAUGGGUUUACCUUUCAUUGGAGAAAUGAUUACUUUUCUUUGGUACUUCAAGAUUGUUCGACGUCCAGAGGAUUUCAUUAACGCCAAGAGACGCAAAUAUGGCGAUGGUGAGGGCAUGUUUAGAACGCACCUAUUUGGAGCACCUUCGAUCAUAGUAUACACUCCCGCUGUUAACAAAUUUGUGCUAUUUUCGGACAGCAACUUCAAGCAAGAAUGGCCAACUGUUGAACUUAUGGGUGUAACUUCAAUGGCGGCUGUCCAUGGUAAGGCUCAUACUAGGGUCCGUAAGUUUGUUACCAAUGCCAUCAAUCGGCCCGAUGCCCUAAGCCGCAUGGCUGCUCUUGUUCAGCCUCAUAUAGUUACUUCUCUACGAUCUUGGGCUGAGAUGGGGAAGAUCAAAGCAAAAGUUGAAACUCAAAAGAUGUCAUUCGAAAACAUUGGAAAUCUUUUCUUAGGCAAGGAGUCAGGCCUUUUUCUUAAUUCUUUGGAUAAACUCUAUCAAGGCAUCCUUCCAGGUGUGAGAGCUUAUCCAAUUAAUAUUCCUGGUUUUGCAUACUACAAUGCUCUUCAGUGUAGAAGGAAGCUUGAGGACAUUUUCUCGAUCGAGUUAAAUAAGAGAAAAUUAAAAAAUCGAAAUAAGGUAGAAGCACUUGAUUUGAUGGAUGGGUUAAUGCAAAUUGAAGACGAUGAAGGUGACAAAUUGAGUGACAAAGAAGUUGUAGACAACAUUGUCUCUCUUGUACUAGGUGGAUAUAUCUCUACUUCUCUUGUGUCUAUGUGGGCUAUUUAUCUUCUUGCCAAGUAUCCAAAUGUGCUAAAAUUGCUAAGGGAAGAAAACAUGGCUUUCACAAAGGGAAAUUCAGGAGAUUUUAUUACGGCUAAAGAUGUUUCAAAUUUAAAAUAUACAAACAAGGUUGUUGAAGAAGUGAUAAGAAUGUCCAAUAUUUCAGCCUUUAUUUUCAGAAAAGUUGUAAAUGAAGUUGAUUAUAAAGGUUAUAAGAUACCGAAGGGAUGGAAAGUAAUUUCUAUGCUUCGUUAUAUUCACACAGAUCCAGAGAAUUUUAGGGAUCCCAUGUAUUUCAACCCUGAUAGAUGGAAUGAGACGGCAAAACCUGGAACAUAUCAAGUUUUUGGUGCUGGACAAAGGCUAUGCCCUGGAAACAUGCUAGCAAGAGUUCAACUAGCACUUCUGCUUCAUCAUUUGUCCAUUGGAUACAAGUGGGAGCUCAUUAAUCCUAAUGCAAAUAUAAUUUAUCUUUCACAUCCUGCUCCUAUUGAUGGGGUCGAAGUCAAGUUCAGCCAAUUGUGAAGAAAAAUUAUGGAAGGUUGUAGACAAAUAAAAUUCUAGAUUCAAACUUUGAUGUUUGCUUCUCUGAAUAAUAUCCUAAUGACUAUGUAUUUAAACAUUUCAAUUAAAUUUGUAACACAUAGUCAUUUCAAGAAAAUCUAAAUUUUAUUUAAAAAAUAGAAGUGUAUUAGAAGAGUUCAUUAAUUAUAGCAUGUUGAGAAAUGCGGUGGAAAGGCAACAAGACACACGUUUGGCCAGAAGCUACACUUUGUAGCUUCUUGAAAUCACAGUGGGAGUAAACGUGCGUUUGUAGCUUCAAACGCCAGACCAAACAGGCCAUUAGUUGUAAUUGGUUAUGGGUAGUUUUUUAACUGAUUCAUAAUUCAUGUUUGCAAUGGUUUAAGGUUAUUUAAAGUGAGAGUUAGCUUCCCAUACAAAAAGUGAGAGUUAACUUAAGGAAUUCCACUAUCAAUUGUGAUUUAACAUGGAGGAGACUUUCAUCUUUGAUGGAAAGAAAUUUGAUUUUUGCAAAGACAAGUUUUAUAGCUUCUUC